UUCGUGUUACAAUGCGAGUAGAAUAGUUCGGAUCGUCACGGUAUGUCUCGACGGCACUAAAUUCUCACUCCCAGGCGGACGACAGCGCGAUAUAUAAUAAACCACUGACAUCUCAGGAUAAUCGUCUCCAGAUACAAUGUCUACACCUAAAUUCAGGGUCGCUAUCUGCGGAGGAGGGGUAGGUGGUUUGACAUUAGCCGUUGCUUUGUCCCGGUAUCCGGAUAUUGUCGUCGACGUGUACGAAGCCGCUCAGAGCUUUUAUGAAGUUGGGGCUGGUAUUGGUAUCUGGCCUAGGGCAUUCAAGGUCUUGCGAAAACUUGGACAUGACAUCGAGCAGCAAUUGCUUCAACGCUGCGGUUACCAAUUCACAGAGGAAUAUGUCCCAGGUAUAAAGCACCGUAAAAGUGAUCAAGCCGUUGGCACUCAGCUUUUUGAACUGAUAACAAAAGGCAAUCAAAUGCGUUUUCAUCGAGCUGACUUUCAUGGCGUACUUCUCUCACAUCUCCCGCCGUCUUGUACAACACACAACACCAAGCGACUAAAAGCAUAUAUUCAGCCCUUCAGGCACCGUUCAAGAAAUUCAUCAAUUACGUUAAUAUUCACGGAUGGAUCGACCGCGACAUGCGAUGUUUUAAUUGGUGCUGACGGGAUUAAAUCCGCAGUCAGAUCCUGCAUGAUGCGUGAAUUGGCCGAGUGUAUGGAUCCUGAUGGAAAGCAGUCUGUGCUCUCGUGCAUUAACCCAGUUUGGAGUGGCGUUACUGCAUACCGAACAUUAAUACCUGCAGAGAAGCUGCGCGCGCGUUGUCCUGACCACCCGGUCUUUGGGGGAGAGAUUACUCAGUACUUGGGAAAAGAUGCUUUCUUCCUUGCAUAUACAGUUUCUCUUGGGAAAUACAUCAAUAUCGCAGGUUUCACUCUUCAACCUGAUCUCGUUGACACGGUCUAUGAAGCCGAUGCACGAAUUCCUCGUCGGCCUUUCGAAGGGAAGGCUAACAGCGAGUGGGUCGGAGAACUCACCGCUAAACAGUUCGUCGAGCCUUUCAAAGGCUUCGAAGAGGAGGCGAGGCUCCUUCUCGAGUGUGUAGAUAGGGGCACGCUUUGGGCUGCGCACACCGUGAAACCAUUACCAUCCACGAAUUUCGGACGAGUCGCGCUCUUGGGAGAUGCUGCCCAUGCAAUGCUGCCGUUCCAGGGCGCUGGUGCUGGUAUGAGUAUCGAGGAUGCUUACCUCCUCGCAACUGUUCUUGGACACAAGGCCACGACCCUAGACACUGUACCCAGGGCCCUCGCCAUAUACGACAAGUUGAGGCGACCAUUCUCAUCGGAUGUGGCUCUGCGCUCAAGGUUUAAUGGCCAACUAUGCGCGUUUCAAACGAACGUCCCUCUGCACGAGCUCGGCAAGACGAUCACCAAGAAUUGGGAGUGGGCAUGGCUGACGGAGCUAGAUGAUGCUUUGAAGGAAGCUAUCAAGCUUGUGGAGAACAGUUCAAUCAAUAUCAACUGAUAGCGGAGCUAUACAUAUCCGCAUUAUCUAUGUCAUCAUCUCAAGUCGUACCAGUGUAGUUCUAUAUACUUUAUAUAGCGUUGUCGGAUAAUAAUAUGCAUC